CUUCAAAGAGAGAUUACAAAACAAAACAAUGUGUGGAAUCUUCGCGUAUUUGAAUUUUCACGCUAACAAAGAGAGACGAUACAUUCUCGAGAUUCUCUUCAAUGGUCUUCGUCGUCUUGAAUACAGAGGCUAUGAUUCAGCUGGAAUCGCAAUUGAUGAUUCUUCAACAAUCUCUUCCCCUCCUCUUGUGUUUCGUCAAGCAGGAAACAUUGAAUCACUCGUUAAUUCUGUAAACGAAGAGAUUACGAAUACAGAUUUAAACUUAGAUGAAGUUUUCUACUUUCAUGCUGGAAUUGCACAUACUAGAUGGGCUACACAUGGUGAGCCAGCUCCAAGGAAUAGUCAUCCUCAAUCUUCUGGUCCUGGAGAUGAUUUUUUGGUGGUUCAUAAUGGUGUUAUCACUAAUUAUGAGGUGUUGAAAGAAACUUUAGUGAGGCAUGGAUUUACUUUUGAUUCGGAUACAGAUACUGAGGUUAUACCAAAGCUUGCUAAAAUUUUUGUCUUUGAAGUGAUGAGGCAUCUUGAAGGAGCUUAUGCUCUUAUAUAUAAAAGCUGGCAUUACCCGAACGAGUUGAUUGCGUGCAAGCUUGGUAGCCCGUUGCUUUUAGGUGUUAAAGUAAGAUCGAAAUCUUUCGGCAUGGAGAUUGCUAGUGAUCUCUGGGACCGGCAAGGUCCAAUAUACAGAGAAGAUACUGCGGUGUUUGUGAGUCAGUCUGGUGAAACCGCAGAUACACUACUUGCUUUGGACUAUGCUCGGGAAAACGGUGCAUUAUGUGUCGGCAUAACUAACACCGUUGGGAGCUCGAUAGCUAGAAAAACACACUGUGGUGUUCAUAUAAACGCAGGAGCUGAGAUUGGUGUCGCAAGUACAAAGGCAUACACAAGUCAGAUUGUGGUAAUGGUUAUGCUAGCUUUAGCAAUUGGAAGUGACACAAUCUCCAGCCAAAAGAGACGGGAAGCUAUAAUCGAUGGACUACCUGAUUUGCCGUAUAAGGUUAAGGAAGUACUAAAGCUGGACGAGGAAAUGAAAGAUCUCGCACAACUUUUGAUAGACGAGCAGUCACUGCUUGUGUUUGGCAGAGGAUACAACUACGCAACAGCUUUAGAAGGAGCAUUGAAAGUAAAAGAAGUAGCACUUAUGCAUAGUGAAGGAAUACUAGCAGGAGAAAUGAAACAUGGACCUUUAGCUUUAGCUGAUGAGAAUCUUCCCAUUGCUGUGAUUGCCACUCGUGAUGCUUGUUUCAGCAAACAACAGUCUGUGAUUCAGCAACUUCACGCACGCAAAGGGAGAUUAAUAGUAAUGUGCUCAAAAGGUGAUGCUGCAUCAGUAAGCUCGAGUGGAUCUUGUCGAGCAAUCGAAGUACCUCAAGUUGAAGAUUGUUUACAACCUGUUCUUAAUAUAGUACCAUUACAGUUAUUGGCUUAUCAUCUGACUGUUUUGAGAGGUCACAACGUUGAUCAACCGAGGAAUCUGGCGAAGAGUGUGACUACUCAAUAGAGAGCUUAAAGGAAUGAUUAGCUUGUAUAGUGUGACACAUGCGUUUGGAGUUUUUGGAGUUUUAUGUUAACCAUCCUUUACUUUGCCACGCUUUUGAGUCUAAACACCAAAAACAAUAGGUGUUCAACUUUUUUUUGUUUUUCUUUUUUCAA